AUACUGUGUAUCAUUUGUCAGCAUGUAGAGAAUCAUGACCGCGAAUCAGAUUCUUGUUGAGUCCUAAAUAGAUAUUAGAAAUGAUUUUAUUUUUUUUAUUUUUUUGGGUUUCUGAUCAAAUAUUUUUUUAAGCAAUAUAGAUAUCAUCGGGCAUCAAAUCUCUGUCAAAGUUUUACUCGGAACACAAUCGAGUAUUCGACACUGCAGGUCAAACUCCAACCAAACUCUCCGAUUUCAUCUUCAAGGAGCUUACUACCAUGGCUUACCUACUCAUCCUCCUCCUAUUCUGUGCCGCGUCGCUGACGAUCCCCGCCACCGCCACCGCCACCACCGCAUACCCCUCUGUCCCUGGCACCGAAACCACCGACUGCUCGCUCUCCGAAAACUACGGCGACCUCAUCCCGGUUCGCCGAGAGGUCUAUGAUGGAGGUCGAAUCAUCGAUAUCAGCCACAGGUAUACCACGGACAUGCCUUCGUGGGAAUCGAGUGACGGGGUCGGUCAGUUCCUCUGGCUCCCGAAGAGCAUGAAGAACGGUUCACUCGCCAACAACUCGGAAAUGAAACUGCCCGCUCACACUGGCACGCACGUUGAUGCCCCGGGCCAUGUUAUCGAUCGCUACUUCGACGCUGGCUUCGAUGUCGACACGCUUGACUUGGAAGUGCUAAAUGGUCCAGCACUGUUAGUUGAUGUUCCAAGGGACAAGAACAUAACUGCUGAAGUUAUGAAGUUUCUAAAUAUCCCCAGGGGAGUACGUCGGGUCCUUUUCAGAACAUUAAAUACUGACAAGCGGCUUAUGUUUAAAAAGGAGUUUGACACCAGCUAUGUGGGAUUUAUGAAGGAUGGAGCGAAAUGGUUGGUGGAGAACACCGACGUCAAACUUGUGGGAAUUGAUUACUUAUCGGUUGCUGCCUUUGAUGAUUUGAUCCCAUCUCAUCUUGUUUUUUUGGAAGGCAGGGAAAUCAUCCUGGUGGAAGGCCUUAAGCUCGAUGACGUCGCUGCAGGAAUAUAUACGGUCCAUUGCUUACCUCUUAGGUUGUUUGGUGCUGAGGGAUCACCAAUCAGAUGCAUCCUCAUCAAAUAAUGUUAAGCCUCUGCGGAGGUGUUGAGCUAGAGAGAGAGAGAGAGAGAGAGAGAGAGAGAGAGAGAGAGAGAGAGAGGUCUAGCAACAUAGUUUGGUACAGUUUUCUGAUAUUUGUGCACACGUUAUUACGAGUUAUGCGCAACGUAAUAAAGGUCUUUGACGCUGAAUUUAUAAGUUGUAGCUAGAUUUUACCGCACAAGAAUGAAGGUUUAGACUUGGCUGAUCCUGUCA